CUACUGCAGUGGUACUUUAUCUGUGCAAUCUUCAGUUAGCUGUCAUUUGGGCCAUCAGUGUCAGUUAUGCAGUGAUGAUAAUGCAUGCUUCUCUGCGGAAGUUAACUCCUUUCAAGCAAUCAGUUGGAGCAAGUCGCCAUAAAAGAUUUCAGCAGAAAAGGCACAAUUAGCUGCCAAGUAAUUGUCAUCAUAGCUUAUAGAAGCAGGUCCAUGCAGUGCUGUCAGUCAUCAAAGAUUGAGAGUUCUCAAGAUAUGGAACACCGGAACUGGAAACUUAUGUCCAACUCUGGCCAAAUUGGUGUUUUUUUGUCAGAGCCUGCUGCUCAAUGAAUCUUCAUGGCUCACAACAUUGAAGGAUGAAUUUGUAUGAUGUUUCCAAAAGAUCGCAAUCUUCUUCUUUGUUUGUAAAUGGUGCUCUUGUUGCAUAACUGAAAGAAUAGUGAUGUGACCUCCAUUUGACAAAUCUGUGACAGAACUAGUGUCUAAAGUAAUAUGCACAGUAAGAUAAAACAAUAAUCUAUGGUGCAUAUCUAUUCAGUCUGUUCAUGUGUGUGGAAUUAAUUGAACCUCAACGGGCUUAUCAACACUGCUGUGCCCUUAAGACUCUGAUGACGUUAAAGGGAGAUAUUGGGUUGACUCAUUUUAAAAUGAAUGAA